UAAGUCACAUUACUCCCAUUACUUUUGUUUGAAUAAUUUUCUUCAAGUGCCUCGUGCUCGUACUGUACACUGAUUGCAGAUGAUAACACCCACGAAAAACCAAAGUUUAAUUCUCGUCGGGAACGAGGGGGAAAAAAUAAUGCUGGUUGUUUUUUUCAUGUGCGUAAAUAAUGGCUUUGUAAAUUGUACCAAGAGAACAUACAUUUUUUACAAGAUCUGCAUGGAAAUUCUGUAAAUUUGGAGUCAAGAUUUUUCUAGUGGAAACAUGUCGGUCACAGACCUGGUGCCAAUUUCCAAGCCAAACCUAAAUUAAGAAUGAAAGACUCUGGACAAUUCCAAGAGAAUGAAGUCGAUCUACAGAGUAUUUUGCUUAUGCCUUGGGUUCGUCGCACUAUUAAUUCUAUUCAGUAUUUACGAGAUGCGAACCGAGGAAGGCAUAACGUUCUCCAGAUCGAAAAUCGUUAACGAAAAAACUGUCCCAGGAGAAAUUGUGAUAUGCGUUGUGGCUUGCGGUGACCGUUUAGAAGAAUCACUAACGAUGCUCAAAUCUGCCUUAAUUUUCACCAAGAGACCUCUUCGCUUCAUUGUUAUUUGCGACCUCAAUUUAAUGCAAGCCUUUACUGAGAAACUUACUGACUGGAAAGAAAUUUACAAUAAAACAUUCGAUUUCGUUGUGAGACCUGUUGAAUUUCCUGAAGAGGAUAAACUUGUUAUGUGGAGGAAACUUUUUAAACCUUGCGCUGCUCAAAGAUUAUUCCUUCCUGUAAGUAUUUCACCAUUAUUACAAUAA